GUCAGGGGAGAGGAAGCAAAGGAGGUUUGGAGAAGCGCCCAGUGAGCUCAGCAGGUUGACAUUUUCAGGCUCUUCCCGGGUCUGCUUUUAAUUUAUAAAUCUGGUGGAGUCGCGGGCGUGUCUCUUCGGAGCUGGAAGGGGGUGACCAGUUCUGAUCGGUGUGAGUCCUCCAUCGAGUCAGCUCCCAGCCUGGGCUCACUCUGCAGGUACUGCCACAGCUUCCCAUUGCAGCAGCACCCCCACCAACCCCCCCCUGCCCCCGGCCACAGUCCCGCUACCUCCCACUGUGGGGCAAGUCAGCGGCGGGCACCGACAACUCUCCCCAGCCCUGGCCCUGGAAUGACCAGAGAGUGAAAACUGAGACAAUACCUCGGACUCUCCCGCCAGGCAACUGAGGGGUCACGCACCUACCACCUAGUUGCAAAAAUGGCUCAACUGCAUGGGUUGCUAUUGAUCACACUCUUCAGUCUAAUUUCUUUCACUCAAGCACAACAUGCGGAAGAAACGGCUGACCUCAUUUUCUUAAUUGAUGGAUCAGUCAACGUUGGAAGCGGCAAUUUUCAAUAUAUACGCGAUUUUAUCGUAAAUUUCAUCGACAAUCUCGAGAUCGGCCCUGACAAAAUCCAAAUCGGUGUGGUUCAAUACAGCGAUGAGCCCAGCACAGAGUUUUAUUUUAAUACAUAUACCACGAAAACAGAGGUCCUGGAUGCUGUGAAGCAACUUCAACCAAAAGGCGGUGAUGAAAUAAAUACUGGUGAAGCCGUGCAAUUUCUAAUCGACAAUCACUUUAUUUCAUCAUCCGGCAGCAGGGUAUCAGAAGGGGUCCCACAGGCAGUAAUUAUUAUCACUUCUAGUGAGUCCAGUGAUGAUAUAAAUCAGGCAGAACUCUCACUAAAGCAAGGUAGUAUAUACUCAUUUUCUAUUGGAGGUCGGGAUGCCGACUCUAAUGAACUCGUACAGCUUGCAACUGACACAUCCUUUUCUUCCAUGAUCUCGGAUUUCCGCAAUAUUGCUAACUUGCAGCAGCAGUUUUUACCAUUGGUCUCAGGAGUGGCUCGAAGGGAAAUAAUUCUCGAGCCUCUGGUUAUUAGCGAAGUUCAAGACAGGAGGAGAGACAUAGUAUUUCUGAUCGAUGGCAGCACAGCAGUUGGACAGCAAAACUUUUUGCGAAUCCGUGAAUUUAUCAUGAAAAUAGCUAACAAAUUUCAAAUUGGACCAAAUAAUGUACGAAUUGCCGUGGUGCAGUACAGCGAUGAUCCAACCACUGAGUUUUACUUGAAUUCCUACUCAAGCAAAGCUGAUCUACAAGCCAAAUUAAAGGCACUGCGACCAAGAGGUGGAUCAAACCUUAAUAUUGGGGCUGCUCUGAAUUUUGUCCACAGAAAUCAUUUUAUCGAAUCUGCAGGAAGUAGAAAAGAAGAAGGUGUCCCUCAAUUUCUGGUGCUUGUCGCCUCUAGACCAUCUACAGAUAGUAUUCGUCUCCCUGCAUUAGACUUGAAGCAAGCUGCUAUAAUGACUUUUGCCGCUGGAGUGCAGAAUGCAAAUCAAGCAGAGAUGCAGGAAAUUGCAUUUCACCCAACUUUGGUAUUUGAAUUGGCCAAUGCUAUAGAGUUGGUCAAAAAACACAAAGAGAUACAAUCAAAAUUAGCCUCACUUGGUCCUCCAACAGUGAUUACAGAACCUCCAACUGUCAUCGAAGUUGUAACAGAAGUAGUGAACAAGAGAGACAUUGUGUUCCUUAUUGAUGGAUCAGAUAAUGUUGGAAGUACAUAUUUCCCUGUUCUCCGUGACUUCAUUGGCAACAUAAUUGAAGCCCUUAACAUUGGACCUGACAAAGUACAAGUAGCAGUGGUGCAGUACAGUGAUAAUGCUCAAGCUGCUUUCUACCUAAAUAGUUACUCGAGAAAGGACGAACUUCUGUCCCAUGUCAACGGACUCCGUUUAAAAGGCGGCAGGACUCUCAACACCGGUGCAGCGUUGGACUAUGUUUAUAGAAACAUGUUCAGCAAAUCUACUGGAAGUAGGAAAGAGGAUGGUGUACCCCAGAUACUGGUGAUUGCUACAGCUGGAAAGUCUCAGGAUGAUGUGAGAACACCUGCAGAAGCUCUGGCACGAGGAGGCAUUCUCACUCUUGCUGUUGGAAUCAACAGGGCAGAAGCGGCAGAGCUGCAGCGCAUUACAUUCAGUGAAAAUCUGGCUUAUCGAGUGAAUGACUUUAACGCUUUGGAUACCAUCCGACAAGCAGUGACAUCAUCUGCUAAACACCUGAUAUUUGGAGGAAUCAGUGAAACUACAGCCAUGAAAAGAGACAUUGUCUUCCUGAUCGAUGGCUCUCCUGGAAUGGGACAAUCAUUGAGUCAAGUCCGUGAGUUUCUAAGUAGAGUAAUCGAGGUGCUCGAUAUUGGGCCUGACAAAGAUAAAAUUGCUGUGGUACAGUAUGGUUCUAGCCAAAGGAUUGAGUUUGGACUGGACACUUAUUUAACCAAAGCCGAGGUUCUGGAAGCCAUAAAAAAUCUCGAGCCGAAAUCAGGAAGACCCCGUAACACUGGUGCUGCACUGGAGUUUGUUACAAAGAAUAUCUUCAGUGCAUCUGCGGGGAGCAGAAAGGAAGCUGGGGCCACUCAAAUCCUGGUGCUCAUCACCGCUGGGAAAUCCUCAGAUAAUAUUCAACCUCAUGCAGAUGAAGCAAAAAUGGCUCACAUUGUGCCUAUUGCCAUCGGGGCCAAGAGUGCAGACACGUCAGAGCUGCAAAAGAUUGUACAUGAUCCAACAUUUGUUUUAACAAUGAGAGACUUCCGAGAUCUAUCAACCAUUCAACAGGAGCUGUUGUCCAAAAUGAGAACGGUGAUAAUUCAGCCAGUACCUGAAGAUACUGUCAAGAGAGAUGUUGUGUUCCUUAUUGAUGGAUCAGAAAGUGCCAGGGCUGCUUUCCCUUCAGUUCAAAAAUUCAUUUCCAGCGUGGUGGAUAACCUUGAUGUUGGAAGUGACAAAGUCCGGGUUGGUGUGGUGCAGUACAGCGAUAAUCCCAGACUCAACUUCUACUUGAACAGCUACAACACAAAACGAGAUUUGAAGGACGCGAUAAACGGUCUCAGGCAAAUAGGAGGGCGUCAGGCCAACAUUGGUGCAGCCUUGGACUAUGUUAAAAAUAACGUCUUUACUCAGCCUGCUGGAGGCAGAGCAGAGGAAGGUGUCCCCCAGUUCCUGAUCCUUCUCACUGCCAGCAAGUCGACAGAUGAUGUUGGUCGGGCUGCAUUAGCUCUGAAAGAGGCCGGUGUAGCGCCUUUCGCUAUCGGAUCACAAGAUGCAGAUGACAGUGAACUCCAACAGAUUUCACUGUCCCCUAAUUAUGUUUUCAAGGUAAAUGACCUGCGGGAAGUGGAAACACUACAACAAAAUCUGGAGUCACCAUUAACAACACUGGACAAAGAUCGGAUAACCGUUAUUCAGACAGCUGUCACUAGAGAUGCUGUUAAGAGAGAUGUUGUGUUCCUUGUGGAUGGAUCAGAGAGAGUCAGAGGUGCUUUCCCUUCAGUUCAAAAAUUCAUGUCCAGAGUGGUGGAUAACCUUGACAUUGGGAGUGACAAAGUCCGAGUUGGUGUGGUGCAGUACAGCGAUAAUCCUAGACUCAACUUCUACUUGAACAGCUACACCACAAAACGGGAUCUGAAGGAUGCGAUAAACGGUCUCAGGCAAAUAGGAGGGCGUCAGGCCAACACUGGUGCAGCCUUGGACUAUGUGAAAAAUAACAUCUUUACUCAGCCUGCUGGAGGCAGAGCAGAGGAAGGUGUCCCCCAGUUCCUGAUCCUUCUCACUGCCAGCAAGUCGACAGAUGAUGUUGGUCGGGCUGCAUUAGCUCUGAAAGAGGCCGGUGUAGCACCUUUUGCUAUCGGAUCAGGAGGUGCAGAUGACCGUGAACUCCAACAGAUUUCACUGUCCCCUAAUUAUGUUUUCAAGGUAAAUGACCUGCGGAAUGUGGAAACUCUACAACAACGUCUGGAGUCACCAUUAACAACACUGGACAAGGAGCAGAUCGCUGAUAUUCAGAUAAUUGUAACUGAUGAUGCUGUUAAGAGAGAUGUUGUGUUCCUUGUUGAUGGAUCAGAGAGAGUCAGAGGUGCUUUCCCUUCAGUUCAACAAUUCAUUUCCAGAGUGGUGGAUAACCUUGACAUUGGGAGUGACAAAGUCCGGGUUGGUGUGGUGCAGUACAGCGAUAAUCCCAGACUCAACUUCUACUUGAACAGCUACACCACAAAACGGGAUCUAAAGGACGCGAUAAAUGGUCUCCGGCAAAUAGGAGGACGUCAGGCCAACACUGGUGCAGCCUUGGACUAUGUUAAAAAUACCGCCUUUACACGAUCUGCUGGAGGCAGAGCAGAGGAAGGUGUCCCCCAGUUCCUGAUCCUUCUCACUGCCAGCAAGUCAACCGAUGAUGUUGGUCGGGCCGCAUUAGCUCUGAAAGAGGCUGGUGUAGCACCUUUCGCUAUCGGAUCAGGAGGUGCAGAUGACCGUGAACUCCAACAGAUUUCACUGUCCCCUAAUUAUGUUUUCAAGGUGAAUGACCUGCGGAAUGUGGAAACACUACAACAAAAUCUGGAGUCACCAUUAACAACUCUGGACAAAGAUCAGAUAACACAAAUUCGGUUGACUGUACCUGACGAUGCUGUUAAGAGAGAUGUUGUGUUCCUUGUGGAUGGAUCAGAGAGAGUCAGAGCUGCUUUCCCUUCAGUUCAAAAAUUCAUGUCCAGAGUGGUGGAUAACCUUGACAUCGGAAGUGACAAAGUCCGAGUUGGUGUGGUGCAGUACAGCGAUAAUCCCAGACCCAACUUCUACUUGAACAGCUACACCACAAAACGGGAUCUGAAGGAUGCGAUAAACGGUCUCAGGCAAAUAGGAGGGCGUCAGGCCCACACCGGUGCAGCUUUGGACUAUGUUAAAAAUAACGUCUUUACUCAGCCUGCUGGAGGCAGAGCAGAGGAAGGUGUCCCCCAGUUCCUGAUCCUUCUCACUGCCAGCAAGUCGACAGAUGAUGUUGGUCGGGCUGCAUUAGCUCUGAAAGAGGCCGGUGUAGCACCUUUUGCUAUCGGAUCAGGAGGUGCAGAUGACAGUGAACUCCAACAGAUUUCACUUUCCCCUAAUUAUGUUUUCAAGGUAAAUGACCUGCGGAAUGUGGAAACUCUACAACAGAAUCUGGAGUCACCAUUAACAACACUGGACAAGGAUCAGAUAACUGCAAUUCAGACAGCUGUCACUAGUGAUGCUGUUAAGAGAGAUGUUGUGUUCCUUGUGGAUGGAUCAGAGAGAGUAAGAGCUGCUUUCCCUUCAGUUCAAAAAUUCAUGUCCAGAGUGGUGGAUAACCUUGACAUUGGAAGUGACAAAGUCCGAGUUGGUGUGGUGCAGUACAGCGAUAAUCCCAGACCCAACUUCUACUUGAACAGCUACACCACAAAACGGGAUCUGAAGGAUGCGAUAAACGGUCUCAGGCAAAUAGGAGGACGUCAGGCCCACACCGGUGCAGCUUUGGACUAUGUUAAAAAUAACGUCUUUACUCAGCCUGCUGGAGGCAGAGCAGAGGAAGGUGUCCCCCAGUUCCUGAUCCUUCUCACUGCCAGCAAGUCGACAGAUGAUGUUGGUCGGGCUGCAUUAGCUCUGAAAGAGGCCGGUGUAGCACCUUUUGCUAUCGGAUCAGGAGGUGCAGAUGACAGUGAACUCCAACAGAUUUCACUGUCCCCUAAUUAUGUUUUCAAGGUAAAUGACCUGCGGAAUGUGGAAACACUACAACAACGCCUGGAGUCACCAUUAACAACACUGGACAAAGAUCGGAUAACUGCAAUUCAGACAGCUGUCACUAGUGAUGCUGUUAAGAGAGAUGUUGUGUUCCUUGUGGAUGGAUCAGAGAGAGUCAGAGCUGCUUUCCCUUCAGUUCAAAAAUUCAUGUCCAGAGUGGUGGAUAACCUUGACAUUGGAAGUGACAAAGUCCGAGUUGGUGUGGUGCAGUACAGCGAUAAUCCCAGACCCAACUUCUACUUGAACAGCUACACCACAAAACGGGAUCUGAAGGAUGCGAUAAACGGUCUCAGGCAAAUGGGAGGACGUCAGGCCCACACCGGUGCAGCCUUGGACUAUGUUAAAAAUAACGUCUUUACUCAGCCUGCUGGAGGCAGAGCAGAGGAAGGUGUCCCCCAGUUCCUGAUCCUUCUCACUGCCAGCAAGUCGACAGAUGAUGUUGGUCGGGCUGCAUUAGCUCUGAAAGAGGCCGGUGUAGCACCUUUUGCUAUCGGAUCAGGAGGUGCAGAUGACAGUGAACUCCAACAGAUUUCACUUUCCCCUAAUUAUGUUUUCAAGGUAAAUGACCUGCGGAAUGUGGAAACACUACAACAACGCCUGGAGUCACCAUUAACAACACUGGACAAAGAUCGGAUAACUGCAAUUCAGACAGCUGUCACUAGUGAUGCUGUUAAGAGAGAUGUUGUGUUCCUUGUUGAUGGAUCAGAGAGAGUCAGAGGUGCUUUCCCCUCAGUUCAAAAAUUCAUGUCCAGAGUGGUGGAUAACCUUGACAUUGGAAGUGACAAAGUCCGGGUUGGUGUGGUGCAGUACAGCGAUAAUCCCAGACUCAACUUCUACUUGAACAGCUACAACACAAAACGGGAUCUGAAGGAUGCGAUAAAUGGUCUCCGGCAAAUAGGAGGGCGUCAGGCCAACACUGGUGCAGCCUUGGACUAUGUUAAAAAUAAUGCCUUUCCACGGUCUGCUGGAGGCAGAGCAGAGGAAGGUGUCCCCCAGUUCCUGAUCCUUCUCACCGCCAGCAAGUCUACCGAUGAUGUUGGUCGGGCCGCAUCAGCUCUGAAAGAGGCUGGUGUAGCACCUUUGGUUAUCGGAUCAGGAGGUGCAGAUGACCGUGAACUCCAACAGAUUUCACUGUCCCCUAAUUAUGUUUUCAAGGUAAAUGACCUGCGGAAUGUGGAAACACUACAACAAAAUCUGGAGUCACCGUUAACAACACUGGACAAGGAUCAGAUAACACUAAUUCGGUUGACUGUACCUGAUGUUUCAGAUACAGAUAAGAAAGAUAUUGUCUUCCUUGUGGACGGAUCAGUGAGAGUCAAAGGUGUUUUCCCUUCAGUUCAAAAAUUCAUUUCCAGACUGGUGGAUAACCUUGACAUUGGGAGUGACAAAGUCCGAGUUGGUAUGGUGCAGUACAGUGAUAAUCCCAGACUCAACUUCAACUUGAACAGCUACACCACAAAACAGGAUCUGAAGGACGCGAUAAACGGUCUCAGGCAAUUAGGAGGGAGUCGGGCCAACACUGGUGCAGCCUUGGACUAUGUUAAUAAUAAUGCCUUUACUCGGUCUGCUGGAGGCAGAGCAGAGGAAGGUGUCCCCCAGUUACUGAUCCUCCUCACUGCCAGCAAGUCGACCGAUGAUGUUGGCCGGGCCGCAUUAGCUCUGAAAGAGGCCGGUGUAGCACCUUUUGUUAUCGGAUCAGGAGGUGCAGAUGACCGUGAACUCCAACAGAUUUCACUGUCCCCUAAUUAUGUUUUCAAGGUAAAUGACCUGCGGAAUGUGGAAACACUACAACAACGUCUGGAGUCACCAUUAACAACACUGGACAAGGAGCAGAUAAUCAGAAUCCAGAAACAAGUGUUGGGAGAUGCUGCUAAGAGAGAUAUUGUGUUCCUUGUUGAUGAGUCAGACAAAGUCAAAGAUGCUUUUCCAUCAGUUCAGAGAUUCAUUUCUACUGUUGUGGACAAUCUUAAUGUUGAAGGUGACAAAGUCCGAGUCGGUGUUGCAAAAUACAGUGAAGAUCCCAGAAUUGACUUCCUCUUAAAUGCCUUUACAACAAAAGAUGAUGUGAAGAAAGCAAUAAGAAACCUCAGGUGUAAAGGAGGCAGACAAGCCAACACUGGCAAAGCUUUGGAUCAUGUCAAAAAGAAUGUGUUCAAUAUUUCGGCUGGCAGCAGAGCACAGGAAAACGUGCCUCAAUUCUUGGUCCUAAUCACUGCCAGCAAGUCCUCUGAUGAUGUGAGUGAGGCAGCAUUAGCUCUGAAAGAGGCCGGUGUAGCACCUUUCGCUAUCGGAUCAAGAGAGGCAGAUGCCCAAGAACUCCAAGAGAUUGCACUGUCCCCUGAUUAUGUUUUUAGUAUUAACGAUCUAAGGAAUGUGGAUACACUCCAACAGCAGCUUCGCUCACCACUGACAACAUUGAAUAAAACUCAAAUAACCCAAAUCAUAGCAGAUGAAGCUAAAGAUGCGGAUCCUGACAAAAAAGACAUUGUGUUCCUGAUUGAUGGAUCCAGUGGUGUUGCACCACAAUUUGCCCACAUUCGCGAUUUUGUCUUCAGCAUAGUUGAAAGCCUUAAUGUUGCACCCAACAAAGUCCGCGUUGGUUUGGCACAAUUCAGCAACACUCCAAAAACAGAGUUUCUGUUGAAACAACACAUGAAUAAACGUGGCCUUAAAGAGGCUAUCAGGCGAAUCAGACCGAAAGGUGGGGCUCCACUUAACACUGGCAAAGGAUUGGACUUUGUUUUGAAAAAUCACUUCACCAGAUCAUCAGGAAGCAGACAGCACGAAGGUGCUUCCCAGUAUCUAAUAGUCAUUACUGGAGACAAUCCUAAAGAUGAUAUCCGCCCUUAUUUAGGCUCAUUAAAACGUUCAGGAAUUAAUGUUUUCAGUGUGGGUGGAAGGAAUACUGAUCCAGAUGAACUUGAACGAAUCACAACUCUUCCUUAUGCUACUUACAAAGUAGAUAACUUCCAAGAUCUGAAAGGUAUGCAAGGCAGACUGGUCCAGCGUUUGUUGAUGGUAGAUCCUGCAAUAUAUCAACCAGAACCCCCUACUGAAGCCUUGCCACAGAAAAGAGCGGACAUUGUGUUUAUCUUGGAUGGAUCCAUUAACAUUGGAAGACAGAAUUUCCCCCGUCUCACAGAGUUUGUUUCCAAUGUAGUUGAUGCCAUCCAUGUUGAUGAUGGAUCAAUCCAGGUGGGAGUUGUUCAGUACAAUUCCGAUGUGAUUGAUGAAUUUUUCUUCAAAACUCACCGGACAAGGAAUGAUGUCCUCAACGCUAUUCCGAAUAUUCAGUUCAAGGGGGGCAGGACACUCAACACUGGAGCAGCCUUGAGACAUGUUAAAAACAACCACUUUGUUAAAUCAGCAGGGAGUAGGGUUGAAGAAGGAGUCCCACAAAUUGCUUUCCUGCUAAUUGGUGGCAAGUCAAAUGAUGACGCAAUAGCAGCUGCAAGGGAGCUAAAGAAUGCUCGAUUCAAAAUCUUCACUGUGGGAAUGCAGAACGCAGACAUGCAGGAGAUCUCUGACAUUGCGAGUGAACAAGCUGGCGUUUUCAGAGUGGCUGACAUGUCCGAGCUCUCUGAAUUGACCGAGCAAGUGUUAUUAGCCACAGCCGAUGUCAUGGAUGGUGAACUGUGCCCGAAAAUGCCUGAAGUUGUAAAAGAGUGCAAUGUUGAUGUUUUGCUUGGAUUUGACGUCAGUAGAGUUGGGUCAGGAAACGAUGUUUUUGCGAUGCAGAGAGGUUUCCUGUCCAAAGCAGGAGAUGUACUCCAAAGAAUUUCACAGUUGCGAACCAUAAGCUGCACUGGCACACAGUCACCUAACGUAAGAGUUGGGGUCACAGUUUUCGAUGAACGUGGCCAAAGACAUGUCAUUGAUUUGGUCGACUAUCACCCCGAAAUAAUGACGCAGCUCAGUGAUCUAAGAAGUUCUGGUCCAUACGUCUUGAGUGGUGGAACAUUCGAUGCAUAUAAGGAGACUUUUCAAUCUGACAGUUCCAACCGUGUAAAGGUUAUUGUCCAUUUCACUGAUGGUAUAGAUGACAACUUUUCUCAAUUAAAACGUCAGGCCGAAAAGCUACGGAGAGAAGGUAAUGUACAUGCACUGAUCAUCGUAUCUUUGGAAGCACAAACGGGGAUUGAUGAGGUUUCAUUGUUGGAAUUUGGGCGAGGUUAUAGGUACAGACGACCUCUUUCAAUCAACCAGCUGGAUUUAGAAUAUGAACUAGCAGAAGAACUCGACAAUAUUGCAGAGAGAGUGUGCUGUGAUGUCCCAUGUAAGUGUGCUGGUCAAGCAGGAGACAAAGGACCUCAGGGAUUACGUGGACUCAAGGGUGUUCCGGGACCUAAAGGUAUCAUGGGUCACCCAGGCGAUGAAGGUGGAGUAGGUGAAAGAGGUCCACCAGGUAUAAAUGGAACUCAAGGGUUCCAAGGAUGUCGAGGACAGAGUGGAAUUAAGGGUAGCCGUGGAUAUCCCGGCGAGAAGGGUCAACUGGGAGAAAUUGGUCUUGAUGGAAUAGAUGGGGAACAGGGUACAAAUGGAGCACUAGGAACAGCAGGAGAAAAAGGCAACAUAGGAGACUGGGGAACGAAAGGAGUGAAAGGUGGAAAAGGUGAAAGGGGUGAUAUUGGCUAUCGAGGUGACCCGGGUGAACCAGGAAUCACGAACAUUGAGAAAGGAGACAAAGGGCAGAGGGGUGACAUGGGCUUUGUGGGAGAACCUGGUAACAGUGGCCGUCCAGGAUCACCUGGAGCAAAUGGGCGCAGGGGAUCACAGGGCCGCAGAGGACCACCAGGAACAAGAGGUUCGAAAGGCAAUCCAGGAACUCGUGGACCUUCAGGAAUUGCAGGGUUUAGAGGACAACAAGGCACACCUGGAUCCUCUGGAAUCCCAGGCCAAGAAGGUGGAAGUGGCAUUCGAGGGCCCAGGGGAAUUGCUGGUCCUGGCGGACCUCCUGGAUCAAGAGGAAGACGAGGGCAAAGUGGAAGAAAGGGUGAACCUGGAAAUCCCGGUGAAAAGGGUGAAUUUGGACCAACAGGUCCCCGUGGUGAAAUGGGUGAGGAUGGAAGAACUGGCAUUGGCGUUACUGGACCUAAAGGCAGACAGGGUGAGCCAGGCCCCGUUGGUCCCCUAGGUACAAAGGGUGAAAUCGGAGAUGGGGGCACUCCAGGGAGAGGUGGGAUGAAAGGAAAUCGAGGUCGAAGGGGCUAUUCUGGAGCUCCUGGUGAAAGUGGACUGAACGGGGAAGACGGUUAUCCAGGUCCACAGGGUCUAAAAGGAGAGAGAGGAAGAUCCGUAGAGGCAUGCAACCUUGUAAGACAGAUCAAAGAAUCAUGCCCAUGUUGUUAUGGUUCAACAGAGUGCCCUGUAUAUCCAACUGAGCUGGCCUUUGUUAUCGAUACUUCCAGUGUUAAAACCGCCAGUCAGCUCAAUCAGAACAAGAACACUAUCCUGAACAUAGUUAGAAAUCUGACCAUUGUGGAAAGCAACUGCCCAAAAGGAGCACGUGUCGCCGUCCUGACAUACAACAGUGGUAUAGUCACUGAAAUCCGUUUUAGCAGUGCUAGGAACAAGCGAGAUCUCAUCACACAGAUUGAAAAUCUGCAGUUUGUGCCAUCAAGGAAAGAGUCCAGCAUUGCUGAUGCAAUGAACUUUGUAGCAAGGAACACAUUCAAGCGUGUGCGGAGUGGGUUUUUGAUGAGAAAGAUGGCAAUAUUCUUCAGUGACGGUCAGACAAAACCUAAAGAGCUGAAUGAUGCUAUCUCAAAACUUGCAAAAGAGGAUAUCAUCUCUGUCUACCUUUCUCCCAAAGAAGAUAAUGUACUCAGGAGGGCAUUGCAGAGAAAUGAUGCCGUGCUUUCGCAGUUCUUCAUUUUCCGCAAUGACGAAGCAACACUCAGCAAGGUGAUGGCAUGCCACGUUUGUUUAGAUUCUUGUGAACCGAAUGGAGUCUGUGAUGCCAGAUUUUUCCGAAGCAAAAGGUCGACAAAACCCACUGAUGCAGAUCUUGAUGUUGCAUUCAUCAUGGAAAGCUCUGCAACUAUCAGCCCAAACCAGUUUAUAGAGACAAAGAGAUAUAUUUCUUACGUAAUAGAUCACUUGGAGAUUAGCACAGAGCCUUUAACAUCAAACCAUAAAGCCAGGGUUGCUGUAGUACAACAUGCACUGUAUAAUUCCCAGACGAAUAAUAGUCUGCAGCAAGUGAAAGUGGAUUUAUCCCUUACUGAUUACAACUCCAGUAAGGACAUCAUAGAAUACAUCCACACCAGGAUGACUCAGCUUGAAGGGACAAGAGCAACAGCACAUGCAGUCGACUGGACCAUCAAAAACAUUUUUGGACAAGCCCCUCAACCAAGGCAACUCAAGCUCAUUGUUCUGAUAACCACAGGAAAUCUCCCAGAAGCUGAGCGGGAAAGGCUGGUAGCAAUUGUCACUGAAGCCAAGUGCAAAGGCUUCUUCUUUGUUAUAUUCACCAUUUCCAAGGAAUCUAUCGAAAAUAAUCUGAUUUACCUGGCAAGUGCCCCUCAAGACGUGUACUUCAGGCCAAUUAACGACUUCUCAGAGCUCCACAGUGAAGAGUUACUCAGGUUUGGACGUCAACUCCCCAAGUACAUCAAUGCUGAGAAUGGGCUUCAUCUUCCUCCUGAGCUGCAGAGACAUUGUGGAUUAUUCCAAAGUGACCAGCCCAGCAGUGAAGCAUUCGGAGAGUCUCACAAACAACACACAAAAGACUUGCCAGCCACCUCAGAAAAACUUAAAGGCUUGGAAUUAUCGAGCUUCAGUGUCACAGAAGACAGCAUUGUCCUACACGUGGCCCAGACUGAACCUCAACACAUUGAUAAUUAUGAGGUUACUGUGGUCAAAGUGAGCGAGAACCUUCUUGUGUCGAAGACAAAUGUCAGUGAUCCUGUGAUCAUGCUAAAAGAUCUGGAAAGUGGGGAGGAAUAUAAUAUCAUUGUGAUAGGAUUCUAUCAGUCUAAGGCACAAGCUAAUUACGAUGGAACAUUUACAACCAAAAAAUCCCCAGAAAAAAGUGUCGAAACCACACCUGAUCUCCAGUCUAUGGAACCAUUAGAGCACCCAGAAACGGAUCGGUGCAUGCUGGAUUUUGACGCUGGAUCGCAGUGCUUAGAGUAUAGUGCAAAAUGGUUCUUUGACAGCAAAAACAACAUCUGCACUCAGUUCUGGUAUGGCGGCUGUGACGGUAAUGGUAAUAGGUUUGACACAGAAGCUGAGUGCAUUACAGAAUGCACAAAAACAAUACUAGAAGAAAACAUACCAGAACCUAAGCCUGCAGGAAUCACAUUGUCAGUUAAAGAUAUAUGUCAACUACGUCGGGAUGAGGGAAAUUGCCGAAAUUUUUCCCUUAAGUGGUACUAUGAUGUAAAGACUAAAACGUGCACACGGUUCUGGUAUGGUGGAUGCAAUGGAAAUGCAAACCGGUUCAAUACGCAGGAUGAAUGUACAAAGGCGUGUGCUGAAGGACUGAUUCAAACCAGAAUGGUAACUUCAAUGGGAACGUAAGUGAAAUGGAACCUAUGCCCUACAUAUACCUCUGAUCGGAGCCAGUGUCUACAGGCUGCCAUCAAUCCCAAUAUGCUAAAGGUUCAACAGAUACCUUGCACUGUAUUUCCAAUAGCUUUCAUUAAUCAAAUGUUGAAGAGUUUGAAACCUUUUAAAGCUGCAUGUUAUAAUGGUGCUAUCUUUGAGUCUGGGUGCUAACUUUAUGUGGACAUAAUGUGUCCACUUUUGCAUACAUAGACAUCUAUACAGCUUGUUACUCUAGUCUGUUUGUUUUACAUUUUCUCAUACCUAAUAUGAACAUUUCUAACCUUCACAUCACUUAAUUGUAAAAAAAAAUUGUAACUGACUAAGUGGCACUAUAAUAAUUUUUUUAUAUAAAAAUACAUGAUUUACACAGAACAAAAUCUUAUACGAAUCACUUUGGGAUAAAAUUAUAUUAAAACAAGCUUUCAUUGUAUGUAUAUGCUUUGAACUUUUUUUAAAGGAGGGUGAAUUAUUACAGUGUUAGUUCACUAGCUAAAAUAAGACAUAUACCCACAAGACAUGUAAAAAUUCAACAUGUGGAUACUCAAUUGCAAAAGUAACCUAAAAAAAAUUCUCUUAUUCAAGAAAGUUUUACAGUGAGAUUUUAAAAGAGUUGCUCUAUCUUGUUAAAAAUUUCUCCCUGUACUGGCUCUCAUGAGGAAAAAUUGUAAUUUAAUGUACUUUGUAAACGUUUCUAAUUUUGGAAUUGUAAUGGAUUAUGUACAUAUAAGCAAUUUCCAACCGUGAGCUGUUUGGCACCUUGAAAAGACAACAUAAGAACCCUUUUAGGAAUACUACUGGGAUUAAACUUUAAUCUAGUUUACUUUCAAUUCCUAGGCUUUAAUGUAUCAAUCAUUUGUAAGGUGUUGUAUUUUUAUGACAUUGUUAUAUUGUAAGACUUUAAUAAAGAUAGAAAUGAGAAACUUUCUAAUAAAAUGGUUCUUAAACUUGGAAA